GCACCGGAAGUGAUAUUAAUAAUGAAGCGGAAUGCCGCUUGGCGAUAAAUUGUUUAACGUUACUCCCUAUGUGUGACACUGUUAACCAUUCCAAGUUAUUAGUAACACCUCUACAGUCACCGUCUGUCCUGUUACAGACACGUGAUCAAUGACGGCUUUGGUCAGCCAUGGCUGCCAUGUCAUGGAAGGAGAUUUUACUUUUGACUGGACUGGUGGUGGGAUGUUACUGGAACAGUCUGUCGUGUGGCUUUGCAUUUGAUGAUGUCUCGGCAAUCCUUGAUAACAAGGACCUACGGCCCUCAACCUCGCUCUACAACCUAUUCCGUAAUGACUUCUGGGGAACACCCAUGACUGAGGAGCGGAGCCAUAAAUCUUACCGACCCUUUACUGUACUCACCUUCCGACUGAACUACCUCUUCAGUGAGCUGAAUGCAGCUUCCUACCAUCUGCUCAAUGUUGUUUUGCACGCUGUAGUAUGUGUGCUUUUCCUGCGAGUGUGCCGAUUGUUCCUGGACAAGACUUCCAGCUUGGUGGCAGCAUUGCUGUUUGCUGUGCACCCCAUCCACACUGAAGCUGUCACAGGUGUGGUUGGCAGAGCUGAACUUCUCUCUUCAAUCUUUCUCCUGGCUGCUUUCCUGGCCUACACGAAAUCAACAGGUGCAGACAACUCCAUUGUUUGGGCUCCCAUUGCUCUGACAGUUGUGUUGGUGGCUGCAGCGACACUGUGUAAGGAGCAGGGAAUCACUGUCGUCGGCAUCUGCUGUGUCCAUGAAGUGUUUGUUGCACAAGGGUUUACCUUGCCCAUGCUGUUGGACACACUGCGGCGAGUAUUGCAGGGUAAAGACGGUUUCCCCUACGCUGUCCUGCAAACUCUGCUAAAGCUCAUUGUCCUUGUCAUCAGCACCCUGCUGCUUGUCAUCAUCAGGGUCCAAGUCAUCCAGUCUCAGCUUCCUGUCUUCACCAGAUUUGAUAACCCGGCAGCAGUCAGCCCCACUCCCACUCGACAACUGACUUUCAACUACCUACUUUCUGUGAAUGCAUGGCUUUUGCUGAACCCCUCUGAGCUGUGCUGCGACUGGACUAUGGGCACCAUUCCUCUGGUGGAGUCACUCCUAGACCUCCGUAACCUGGCCACCCUGGUGUUCUACACUUUUCUGGGCCUGCUAGUUUACCACAGCCUGCGCUACAGACACAGCUCUGCCAAGACUGUCAUCAUGGCCCUGUCUUUUAUCGUCCUGCCCUUUAUUCCUGCGUCCAACCUCUUCUUCCCUGUGGGGUUUGUUGUGGCAGAGAGGGUACUUUAUGUGCCCAGCAUGGGCUUCUGUGUUCUUGUUGCACAUGGAUUCAGGAUUGUCUCACAUAAAGGACACUUGAAGAAGAUUUCCUGGUUGAUAAUUGGGGUGCUUUUAACUACACAUGCAGUGAAAACGUUCAACAGGAAUUGGGACUGGGAGUCAGAAUAUACCCUAUUCACCUCUGCCCUGAAGGUCAACAAGAACAAUGCCAAGUUGUGGAAUAAUGUUGGCCACGCUCUAGAGAACCAAAACAAUUAUGCAAAGGCACUGCAGUAUUUUCUCCAGGCCACUCGCGUCCAACCAGAUGACAUUGGUGCUCACAUGAAUGUUGGAAGAACCUACAAGAACUUGAACAAGUCCAAAGAGGCAGAAGAGGCCUACUUGGUUGCCAAAUCCCUCAUGCCACAGGUUAUUCCUGGUAAGAAGUAUGCGACACGUGUGGCCCCUAACCAUCUCAACGUUUAUAUAAACUUGGCGAAUCUGAUCCGAGCUAACGAAUCAAGACUGGAGGAGGCUGACCAGCUCUACCGACAAGCAAUCAGCAUGAGACCAGACUUCAAACAAGCCUACAUCAGCAGAGGGGAGCUGCUUCUGAAGAUGAACAAGCUCACAGAAGCCCGGGACGCCUACCUCCGAGCCUUGGAGCUUGACCCCACCAACGCUGACCUGUGGUACAACCUGGCCAUCGUCAACAUUGAGAUGAAGGACCCAUCAGAAGCCCUGAAGAACUUCAACCACGCCCUGGAGCUAAACCCACGUCACAAGUUGGCGCUCUUCAACUCAGCACUUCUCAUGCAGGAGUCUGGUGAGCCAAAGUUCUGGCCUGAGGCCAAUCGUCGUUUCCUGAUCUACGUGGAGGAGGAGCCUGGUGAUGCCAACGGCUACUUCAACCUUGGCAUGCUGGCCAUGGAUGCCAAUGAAAAUGCUGCAGCUGAGCGUUGGAUGCGUAAAGCCAUCAGUUUGCAAGCAGGCUUCCGCAGUGCCCUGUUUAACCUGGCAUUGCUUUACUCUCAGUCCAAACGUGAGAUGGAUGCCCUGCCUGCGUUGGACGAGCUGCUGCGUCACCACCCGGAGCACAUCAAGGGCCUAAUCCUGAAGGGUGACAUCCUCAUGAAUCACAAGAAGGACACGAGUGGCGCUAAAGCCUGCUUUGAACGCAUUUUGCGCAUGGACCCCACCAACGUGCAAGGCAAGCACAACUUGUGCGUGGUCUACUUCGAGGAGCGCGACCUGCCGCGUGCCGAGCGAUGCCUGGAGGAAACCCUGGCCCUGGCGCCAAACGAGGAGUAUGUGCGUCGCCACUUAAGUAUCGUACGAAGUAAAAUGGCUGCCAUGAGCGCAGCAGGGCAACCGCUUACGUCAGAAGGGGGAGCCACCAUGUCUGCUAAGGAGGAAAAGCAGAAGAGAGUUAAGGGGGGGGCAGAGGAGGUUGAGGAGGAAGGGAGGGGCGCUGACGCUGUUUUAAAGGGGGCUGGGAAUGAGAAGAAUGUGCGGAAAUCCUCUACAGAAAGAGGUGGCGUGGGCGUAGAGCAAUCCGAGUCCUUGGACAGUAGCCAGUCUGACAAGCGGACUAAGGGUAAGUCCACUAAAGAGAUUAAAGAUAUAGAGAAAAAAAGGGCAGCUGCCUUGAAGAGACUAGAGGAGAUUGAGCGCAUAUUAAGUGGUGAUUGACAUUGUCAUAAUUUAUAGCGGGACUACUUUUAUAGAGCUCUUUAAUGCUCAAGGAUAAGACUGCAUUUCCCCCCCCCCCCUUAGAAAAUGUGCACUCUUAAUCAAUUGUCAUUUUAUUCCUUUUGAUUUAUUCAUUUGUUUGCAGGCUGCUCAGCAUGACCCUGUUGAAUUAAACCAAUCAUGUAAAGAAGGGAAACGCGUUGAUCCGCACAUGAAACUGAUGUAACGAUAAGCACAAAGCCAAUUUGGUAUGAUCUAUUUAAAGCGCACGGCAGAUGUAGAUUCCAAUGUGUGUGCUUCAUCUUCAUCACACAAUCAAAGAUCUGCAGUAGUUCUAAAUAAUAGUUUUGCUUUUCUAUGUGCAGUCAUUGUUUAUCACUGGAAUUAUUAUUUUUUUCCCCCACAAAGAAGUGACUCACUCUUGUGUGUUAUUGUUUUUAAAAACAAUGCUUGUAUCGUGGACAAUUAAAGGAAGUGACGUGUUCUCCAGAUUUCCACUCGACAGGAUGAUAUCUGCAGAGUUGGCACCUCAAAAUAACCCUAACCCACACAGAGAGCAAAAUAACCCUCCACACUACAUCAACACCAGGCUUAUGUUCUGUUGCGUGCUGUAAUCUUUAUUGAUCUCACUAGGCACUUCCUGCCACUGCUACAUCAUCAGCCCCUGCGCUCACAGCUGCCUUCACUUCAAUUUCAUUGUGAUCCCAUCUGAAGACUAUUAUCUCACUCUCUUUGUCACAUUACCCCCUCGCAUCUCCACACCUGUCUCCCUCCCCAUCCUCCCCGACACAACAGCCACGGAUGGAUGUUUUCCCCCUGCUUUUCUUAGUAAGCCGCCCCAUACACAUCGCUCUGACCAAGGCAACGCCCAUUUUAUGUGACGGUCAACAAUGACGCACGCUCAUCCCCAGCGCCAGGCUUCAUCAUGUGUUCUUCAUUUUCUAGUUCCUGUCCCCUUCACAGGGGGAAUUUUCACAGCACAUUUGCGGAAAACGAUCUCCACAUUCAUCCUGCGCCACAUCGAUGAUGCUGUUUGGCCUUAAAUGCGCUAACAUUGGGAUGUUCCACAUUUUCAAGUUUUGGUAGUAGCCUUUUGUAUUCACUUUCAUUUACACUCGCGAUCAUUCUGAAUCAAAAAUACUUCUCUCUCUCUCUCUCUCUCUCUCUCUCUCUCUCUCUCUCUCUCUCUCUCUGUAGUUACUACCAUCAUUUAAGACUGAUGGGGGAAGAGUACACAAAUUAAAACUUGAAAAGAAUUUAGAAAUGCUCAAAACUUCCCACUCUUGUUUCCUCAAGACCAUUAUAAAACCCAGCGUCCAAUAAUUAAACAAUCCUCUGCUCUGAUUGAGACCACUUGAAGAAACAGGAGGCCAAUAACCGAUUGUAAAACAACCACUCUUGUUACUGCGCAAUUGAUUAACGGCCCUGUUAGUCAUGAACUUCACAUGAGCAGACUUGUGAUUCUAGCUGUGAGGCAGGUCAAUUCAUCACGUUCAUUACAAAGCAAAUGUACUAUUCUUUCUUGCGAGCUGAUAUUAAUGUCUUCACAGCUCCCAUUAUAUUCCUGUAUUUUUUUUUUCUUUCUUUCUUCACAGUGCAAUAAUUUGUUUCAGUACAAUGUUACUCUGCUCAGUCCAAUUCUUGACAGUGGAAUUACAAGAAAGAGGUUACAUAGGUACGUGCGUUAGCAGCACUGUGGUGGUAGUAAGGAGCCUUGCUAUGCAUUGACAUCGUUUCAGCCCUGAUAUUCUAUGUACAUAUAUGUAUCCAGUGUUAUUUAUUAUGUUUAUAUGCACUGCGAAUGCUGUAGAUCUUUUUUGUUUACCACUUAACAGUAUGCUUUAAAUUCAUGGUGCAUUAUUUUGCCUAUUCAUUUUCAAUUUCAGUCACUUGUAAAACAUGUCGGAUGUUUUAGACUUUUAAACAACAGAAUCACGUCAGUGUUUAAACAUGUAUGAAAUAUUCAAUCAACUGUCUGCCCCAGAAAGUAGGUACAACUGUGAACGACCAAACCGCAACCUUUUCCGUUUCGCCUCAUUUUGCUGAGCAGCUGGUUUUUGUACGAUUUUGAGAUUUCCUUUUUUUUUUUUUUUAAUAGCCCUUGGUGGUGGGGGGUCUAGGUUAUUAAAUAAAGUGAGAUUACAACUCAUUGGUUUUGUUCUACUGUCUGUUUGCAACCGAUGCCUGCAGCGUUCCUGUUUUGUGUGCUGCAGAAGUCAAGAAUGUCAAGCCCGGUGCCAAUCCAAUUUAAUAUCCCAAAUGGAAAUCCAAUGUACCAAAAGUAUGCCGUUGUUAGUCUCUCUGACCAAUUACAUUUCCGAUGUAAUGCAAUUUACAAAUGUCUAACGCAGCUAUCUAUCCGUUGACGUGAUGCGACUUCCUGCACUCAUGCAGUGUCUGUGAGGAAAUGUACAGAAAACUAAAGGGUUUUGUUUGCAACAAUGUGUUUUACAAUGCUCUAUUUACAACAUUAGAGAAAGCUAAAACACAUUUAUUAAAGUAAUUUAUAUGUA